AUUGUAGGGCUGUGACAGGCGUCAGUGUGGCUGCUUGUUACGGGAUGUCAGGGUCUCUUGCAAGGGGUGGCUACCGUAUUUGAGUGUGGAGUCGGCUUGCGGGGCUAGCAAAACAUGGGAAGGUGCGAAGGGGGACCACAUGCACGCGACCACUGUUCCGUUCCGUUCCUGGCCCUGUGCACUUUCAAGACUUUGUUGCUGGCACACUUUUUGUAGAGCAACACGACAGACCUCACUGCAAACUUUCCACGUCUAAUUGCAUCAUGAGCAAGUCACCCUCGCCCUACGACUCUCUGCGACACAUCCCUCUAUCCUACGACAACACCGACUCGCGCAACUCGGCCCUCAACCUCAUCCUCACCCUGAGGCCAGACUGGAAGGAGACACAGGACACGAUUGACUUUGUGCGCUUCACCGAUGGCAUCACCAACACUCUCCUAAAGGCGGUGAACAAGCGGCCGGGUCUCUCCAAGACAGAGAUAGACGAGGAUGCGAUUCUUCUGCGCGCAUAUGGAAAGGGCACAGACGUCCUCAUAGACCGAGAGAAGGAAACUCGCUCCCACUGCCUCCUGGCCCGCCACGAACUCGCGCCCACGCUCUACGCCCGCUUUGACAACGGUCUGCUGUACAAAUACAUCUCCGGCAGCGCAUGUGCGCCCGCUGAUCUGCGUCGGCCAGAAGUGUGGAGAGGGGUAGCUCAGAGGCUCGGAGAAUGGCAUGCAACAUUACCUAUAUCGAGUAUCAGCACCACGUGCCCUGCCCCGUCCCAACUCACCCCCCACAACAAGCGUGCAUCUCUGGCCACUAUGGCACAACUCACGCCAGGCAAGUCUGUGCCGAAUGUGUGGACUACUAUGCAAAAGUGGAUCCAAGCGCUGCCAACAAGCACCACCGCGCAACAGGACCGCCGCGACCUGCUGAUGCGCGAGCUCGAGAGCCUGACCAAGAUGCUGGGCGACACGCCUGGCAUCGGCGGCUCCAACCCCUUCAUCUUCGCCCAUUGCGACCUCCUCUCUGGCAACGUGAUCAUUGAGCCCUCGCCCUCGUCCGCUGCUGCCUCGCGUCGCUCCAGUGCUUCGAGCGGCUCUGAAGAGCCCGAGACAGCUGCCUCUGUGUCCUUCAUCGACUACGAAUAUGCCACGCCCGCGCCUGCCUCGUUCGACAUUGCAAACCACUUCGCCGAAUGGGGCGGCUUCGACUGCGACUUCUCCGUCCUGCCCACGCGCCACGUGCGCCGGGCCUUCCUCCGCGAAUACCUCCAAAGCUUCUCCACGCACCAGAACCGCACCUACAAGGAGACUGAGCUGGAAGAGCUGUUCGACCAGGUCGACAGGUUUCGUGGCGUGCCGGGGUUUUACUGGGGUAUAUGGGCCCUCAUACAAGCGCAGAUCUCGCAAAUCAACUUCGACUAUGCGAGCUAUGCUGAGGUGCGACUGGGCGAAUACCGGGCAUGGAUGAGAGAAAUCAGCGGUGAGAGGGAAGCGGCUGGCGAGCAGAUGCCCAUUCGUGAGAAGCGAUGGGCGCAGGAAGAGUAGUUUGAGCUCGGGGAAUCGAGUGUCGAAAUCAUGAUAGGGCGUUGGGCGAGGGCUGGUAGCUGUCAUUCAACAUGCUAAGAUGCAGGCGUAAAGGAAAGGAAAGAGACGAGACGACCCCGUUAUUUCUUUUUAAUACUAGUUCAUUCACCUGGGCAACGUUUUUUGUGUUCUAUUCGCCAUUACACUGUUAUCAAUAAUACCGUCUCACACCAAUGAGCCGUGUUCAUUUCUUUCUAGAGUUCAACUCGACGUUCUUGUCGAUGCAUCGUUGUUAGGUAUAUUUCGACAAAGCCCGAUGAGACAUUCAUACAAACUCAC